UCAUGGAGAUUAAGAUUGGAAGAUCGCCGUAACGGGGACACCAAAACAGAAUCGGGCAUGGGUAAAGCGCUUCUCGAGGGCUGUCAUGAGGCGCUGUUGAACAUCAUCUCUGACGAUCAACCUUAUGCGGAUCGGCCCACUCGAUUAACUGCUGCGUUACAUGAGGCCGAGGUGUUUGACUUAAAUAAUGCGUGUGCUUUGCCGUCCACUGUAUCGGCAACACAUUCCACCCGGGAAGACAUAUCGGAAUCGAUGAAACAAAUUUUCUCAUCCAAUCCAGAUUUUUGA